UCAACAAGUUUGCAAACGAUCGCGGCUACAAGUUGAUAAAAAAAGUCCUAUAAAUAUACAACCCGUGAGUCAUGGCUGUGGGAACCGUACUAUUGACAGCCUUUCUGGCGUUACUUGGCUACCUCCUGGCGAAAUGGCGUAGCACCAUGAGAUACUGGCAGGACUUGGGCAUUCCCUGCGAUGAGCCGCACAUCAUGAUGGGCAGCAUGAAGGGAGUCAAAACAAAGCGGUCCUUCAACGAGAUCUGGACGAGCACCUACAAGAAGUUCCGGGGAACUGGACCCUUUGCGGGAUUCUAUUGGUUCCGCCGACCGGCUGUUUUUGUCCUGGAAACCUCCCUGGCUAAGCAGAUCCUGAUCAAGGACUUCAACAAGUUUACGGAUCGCGGCUUCUUCAACAAUCCCGAAGAUGAUCCACUGUCUGGUCAAUUGUUCUUGUUGGACGGUCACAAGUGGAAAUCAAUGCGUCAAAAGCUAACGCCCACAUUCACAUCGGGAAAAAUGAAGUACAUGUUCCCCACGGUGAUAAAAGUGGGUCACGAGUUCACCGAUGUCUUCGGUGAAUAUGUGAAAAAGAACGAAAUUGUGGAGGUGAAGGAGCUGUUGGCCCGAUUUACCACCGAUGUGAUUGGCACCUGUGCCUUUGGAAUCGAAUGCAGUAGUUUAAAGGAUCCCGAAGCCGAGUUCCGGGUAAUGGGUCGAAGAUCCCUAACUGAACAGCGACUUGGUGCCAUAGGAAUCGGUUUUGUCAACAGCUUUCCCAAUUUGGCACGUCGCCUUCAUAUGAAAAUGACAGCGGAACCCAUCGAAAAGUUCUUCAUGCGAAUCGUCAGGGAAACAGUGGCAUUUAGGGAGCAAAACAAUGUACGACGAAAUGACUUCAUGGACCAGUUGAUUGAUUUGAAAAACAACCAACUAAUGACAUCCGAAACUGGGGAGAAUGUUAACCUAACCAUUGAGCAGAUUGCAGCCCAGGCUUUUGUGUUCUUUGCGGCUGGUUUCGAAACCUCCUCGACCACCAUGGGAUUUGCCCUAUAUGAACUCGCUCAGCAUCAGGACGUUCAGGAUCGCAUGCGGAAGGAGAUCCUGGAGAUCUGCCAGAAAAACAACGGAGAGUUGAGCUACGAAAGCGUCAAGGAUCUGGUCUACCUUGAUCAAGUGAUUUCUGAAACCCUUCGUUUGUACACAGUUCUCCCAGUUUUGAAUCGCGAAUGUCUGGAAGAUUUUGUGGUUCCCGAUAAUCCCAAGUAUGUGAUUAAGAAGGGAAUGCCUAUCCUGAUUCCCUGCGGAGCCAUGCAUCGCGAUGAGAAGCUAUAUCCCAAUCCAGACACCUUCAACCCGGAUAACUUUUCACCCGAACGCGUGAAGGAGAGAGAUUCCGUGGAGUGGCUUCCCUUCGGAGAUGGUCCGAGAAAUUGCAUUGGAAUGCGGUUUGGUCAAAUGCAGACUAGGAUUGGAUUGGCCCUCCUCAUCAAGGAGUUCAAGUUUUCUGUCUGCGAUCAGACAACUAUUCCGAUGAUUUACGACAAAGAAAUGUUCCUUAUAUCAAGCGAUAAAGGAAUUUACCUUAAAGUUGAACGAGUGUAAAAAAAUGUGUACCUGUAUCACAAAAAAACUUGUACUACUUGGAGAUAAAACUUGUUUAUUAUGUAAUUAUUGCUGGUAAUUUUCUGGUAAUUAAAUGAUGUAAUUGUUUAGCUACUGACCUUUACAGGUUCCAAAAUUUAGUUCUUAAAAAUCUCGAAAAAUGCCCGAAAGUCACAAAUUAUUUCACGAAUUAAAUAAUGUUACGUAUCCGCAACUAA